AUGGGAUAUACGAAAAAUGACUCUCUACCUGUGGAAGAGCUGAAGAAGAUUGGAUCUGAUGACACUGUACCCUACAAUUUUUCCAUGUAUACGUCCAAGUGUAUGUUCUAUGACGAAAAAAAGAACGUGUGGUCAACAGACGGGCUUAAGGUAAAGUUGAGGAGGACUAUCAAGUAUUCCUAUUUCUAAAUUAUACGCCAUCUGAUUACAGACUUGAGAAUAAAAAAAUAAUCAGCGAAAAACGUUAUACGCAAUAUUUCAAGAACGUUUGACUAACAUUUUGUUCGGCAAUUUGACCCGACUGGCGAACAUCAAAAUUUAAGUGAAACCAAACUCAGCUAAACAGGGGCACUCAACGAGUGUUUUCUGUAAAUAUAGGGCGAAGCAAACAUUGCCUAGAAUUUUCUACGGCUUGAGGACGGCUACAAAUUUCUAGUUGACCGUUUCAUUUACGUGCAAUUUUGGAAGCUCAUCACGAAAUAAACUCCCUACGAUUUUCUUAAGUUUGAUUUUUCACAUUUCACUCCCCAGUCAGGCUAUUUUUGUCGAAAAAAGUAAAGCCUAAAAUUUGAAUCAGGAAAAAUCUCACUUUCGCAGUAAUACGUUACAUUACAUCUUAAAUUCUCGGUAAAAUAAUACUGAAGCCCUUGUAAUUUAAUGACCGAAAAGGUACAAAUUUUAUAGCGCCGCUUAGAAUGCAUUUCUAGAGAUCUUAAAGUACUGUGGAUAGCCUACAAAGUGUUUUCAACGUAUUUAGGGAGAAACCAUCGUAACCGGGUGCCCCUGACUGAGGUCGUUUCAUGCGAAGUAGAGAGUUUGACCUGGGACCUACUCGGCUUUUUUUCUCACACGCGCCUCUAAGCGAGUAGUAAAUCAAUCACUUCUCAUCAAAACUUCCACAACUUGAAGAUGCUGUUUUUUGGUUACUGACUUCUUUUUAGUAAUAACCAUUUUUCUAUCAACACACAAACAGCAAAAUAUCUAAAAACGUGUGGAUUCACAAUUACGCCAUUUCUUUUCCAAACAAAUAUUAUAUCACUGACUAAUCUACCCUUAUACCUCCAAUACGGUAUUAUGAGUUGGUGACACACAUACCCAAGUAGAUUCAAAACAGUCCAGACAAAACAAAAUUAAUUAGUCCAUCAGCUGAAAGUCGAAAAUUUGGUUUUAUGGCUCACUUGAGGGGAACAGCCGAAAGGUGUCAAAUCUUAAUCUUUGACUAUAUUAAGUAUCAAAAAAAGGUAUGAUAGCAAGGAUAAAACGGUAGCUUUCACUUUGAAAAUCGAAAUUUAAAUUUGCCCCUCAUAAUCUCCUUUUGGCCGCCAUCUUAGAUUUCGGGGAUGGCUACAAAAGUUGCUUAUAUCGUUAUAACGUUAACAAAUCGUGUUUAAACUUCAAUUUAAAGCAUAUUGAAACUAAAAACAUGCAUCCCGUUUAGUCUAGUGCUUAAAUUAUAACUACCUGACGUCGCGUGUGAAUACACAUCGCCUGUUAGUAUUGGUCACAAUAAGACCGGAAGUUUGCAAUUGAUGUUAUUACUGGAAAAAACUGGGAGGUUUGCAUAAUUGUUUCAGAAAAAAGAAAGUUGACAAAAUAAAUGUAUAUAUUGCUAGUGUGUUAAAGAGGUCCCCUUCGAAAAUAAUAACCUGUUUCCACGCGUCCCCAGCCCCAGCUCCAAAACAAAUGCUCUUAAGGCAAUAGUCGAUAGCUUUUCGCUCCGGUUUUGAAAGUCUCAGCUCUGCACCAUGAUGGCGGAAAAGCUCUCCUAACGCAGAGAUAUUUGUUGCAGCCUUAUCGUGCUUUCGUGAUCUGGAAUCAGUUUUACGGCCGAGUUAGACGGUACCUACGAGUUUUGCUUACGACUAAAGCUCAUACGUCAAGGCUUUCGACCAUCCACACGCACACAAUUUUCACUUAUGACAUCCACAAUGUGUCGUACGAAUGUCGUGGGCCUAAUUUACACAACACGAUCUGUCGUGAAGUCUCGACACAUGGUAGUCGCGCAAGAUAGUCGUAAGAAAACAUCGCACCGUCUAAAUCAGCCUUCAGAGGUUUCAGCUGAAUAUGAAUUCCUCGCACAUCCCGUCACUUAUUGAUUCAGUUGCCGAACUGAGUUUGCCAACAUGAGAGAUUUGCAACUCGCUAAAACUGUCCACACAGAAGUAAAAUAAUGAUGACUGACUGCCGGUCACAAACAAGUGAGAGCAGCCAUCGAUAAACUUUGUAACGGGCCGUUGCUCAUCCAAUCCCUGACUCUAGACUAUUUUUAGCCAGUGAAGAAAGCUAAGCUGAAGGCUGUGCGUAAGGUUCGCAACAAGGAUCUAGUGCUUCCUUUUCGUAUGGAUCACGAUUUUUUUUGCUCGGAUGGCACUUCUCGGACAGCUUCAUCAUAUUGACAUCAAAGUUGCCUUCACAUUGAAAACAGCUUUAAGAGCCCCUGAGCUCUUCCUUUGUCUCUUACCAAUCCUAAGGGACUCACGCGAAAGGCAAGCAAAGCCAGACUCUCCCAACAGCUUAAGAGACGCAUCACAGCCACCUCGAAAUGCCCAGAGAACGUAACCAGCGCCGUUUGUGCGACUUGUACCUAUGUUGGCUCCUGGAGAAGUUUACUCUGAAACUCGUUCUCGGGAACCUUUUUUCACCUUAUGAAGCUCGAUACACAAAUGCAGUACAUGUAAAUAUAUUUUUAUGUUGUAUCUUCCAAACGCGAGUGUCAGGAUUGAAGAAUGUUAUACAAAUUAUGUUAUAUGCGAUCAAACCGAUAAAGAUGCUUUUCAGUGUUCCCAAACAAGCUCAAGACUAAAGAAUAGACUGAAUAGAGCCAGUUACCUAGUAUCUAGUCCGAUUUGUGGUUUAAAGCCUAGCGAUAGAAGUAUGUUUUGCUUAACGUGGAAAUCGACGUUACAAUAGCCCUUUGCACGUUUUUCGAGAAUUGUGAUGUAGAGGGUCCGAAUAGUAGUUUUAUUUACAACUGAGACAGCAGUUGAAAACGCUAAUGCUAAAAGCAAAAUGGCGGUCACUGUGACGUCAUAUAUGACGUCAUCUUAUCUUGACUAACUAUAACAAUCCUAAAAUAAUAUCUCUGGUACCUAUCAUUUCAAAUAAACUUCAAAGCAAAAAUCGUGUGUUUUUGAGAGAGAAAUCGAAGGUCUGUUUAUUAUAAAUCCAAGAUGGCGACCAAAAGAAGGGUAUUUGGGGUAAAUUUCGAUUUACAGAGUGAAAGCUACUGCUCUUUCCUUGCUAUCUUGCAUUUUUGUCAUGUUUUUUACUCAAAGAUAAAGAUUACACAAGUUUUGUUUGUUCCCCUUAAGUGAGUCAUACACCCCCCCUAGCUGAUGGAUGGACUAAAUGUAUACGCUGUAUAAUAUUUAGCUAUAAUUCAAACUUCUAGACAUCAUGCUCAAUAAAGACAACAUUUUUCAACUUAAAAUCUGCUUGCUAGCCCAUAAAAUCUCAGAAAAUGAAGCCAAUAUACCUGAAGCCGGUUUCAAACCUCUGAUAUUCACUCACUCGACACCAGGUAUGCCCCAAAUCUUAAUUUUCAUGUCUUACGUGUAAGGUCAAAUUAUUGCAAACGCACAUUUUAGUUUGGCAUAACCAAAAUCUGAGAAGAGAUUCCUACUGAAAUUAAAAAAAAACUCUGAGUUACUACCGCUUCAAAAGACAAUAACUGAACUGGCAUUUUCGAUUUAUUAAUUUUUAUAUUUGUUUAAUAUGCUUCUAGGUGGGUCACAAAACUAAUUUGAAGUCUACCGAGUGCUUAACAACACAUCUAGGAACAUUCGGAAGCGGUUUCUCCUUUCUAUCAGCGUUCAACUACACUGUCGCACGUUGA